AUGUUCAAAAGUACGGUGUGGAGACGGUUUGUUUCUACUGGUGAAACUGCAAAAGCAAGGCUCGAUGAGUUUUUGAUAUAUCACAAGACAGAUGCGAAACUGAAACCAUUCAUUUACCGUCCCAAGAAUGCGCAGAUAUUGCUAACCAAAGAUAUUAAGGAUCCAAAAACUAAAGAGCCCUUGCAACCAAGGCCUCCCGUAAAGCCGCUGUCGAAGCAAACGUUGAAUGAUUUUAUACAGUCGGUUGAGCCGAACUCGACAGAAUUACUAGAUUGGUUUAAAGAAUGGACUGGGACAUCCAUAAGAAAGCGUGCUAUUUGGACAUACAUCUCACCAGUUCACGUUCAAAAAAUGUUAACUGCUUCUUUUUUCAAAAUUGGGAAGUAUGCACAUAUGGUGGGCCUCUUAUAUGGUAUUGAACACAAGUUUCUCAAAGCGCAAAAUUCAUCUGUGUUUGAUAUUGAACACUUCUUCAACAUUAAUAUCAUGUGUGCUUUGCAUCGAAAUAAGUUGAGAAACUACAAAGAUGUAGAGAUUGCUCAGAGAAAACUACAAGUUGCCUGGAAAAAGGUGCUAGAGAGAAAGAAUAAUACUGGGUUAGCAAACAUUCUUGUAUCGACACUAGGCAGACAAGUAGGAUUCAAGCCAGAGCUAGCGGGCUUGGAACCUGUUCAAAUUAGCCUACCAAGUGUCCCCACAUCGAUAACUGGUGUAGAACUGAAGAGUUUUUUGAACAGAAACGAGGGGACAUAUUUGAUCGCCAGAACACUAUUGGAUUUCGACCAAAACAAUGCUCAAUAUCCAGAAUUGCAGGAAUACAUACGCCAAUACCAAAGUGCCUUGGGUGAGAACAGCGACCCUUACGACACAUAUUUGAAAUCACUGGAACAACUUGAAACGCAGCCCCCCCAAGAGACUACGGAGAAGAAAUUAGAAUGA